CAUGCAGUAAAAACAUAAUUUAGACAUAGAAAACAAUCUAGCAAACAGUAUAUUGUUGUUCUAUUUAGCAAAUAUGCUAUCACCAGUUUUAGAGACGGAACUUAUUUAAAUAUCAAAAUUAGUUUAUACUUGUAGCAUUCUAAAUUUGUGUAAUUUUGGAUAGUCAACUAAAUGAAUCGUAAGCUUUCAGAAGAUGACGUACGAAAAUCGUCGGAUUCCAGUGAUAUUGGCAGAGAUCGUUCACUUUCGGGCAUAUGCAUCAGUCAACCCCGCGGCAGCAGCAUUGAUUCAGUGGUGUGUCGUAUUUGUCAGGGCUCUAGCGAUGAGAUAAGUAUGAUAUCUCCAUGUCUAUGCAAGGGAUCAAUGAAAUACGUGCAUUUGGAAUGUUUGGAACUUUGGUUAAACCGUUCCGGACUUACUCGGUGUGAAUUGUGUUUGCACAAUUUCCAAACCCACGAAACGCUUCGUUAUGGUUGUUGCGAGUCAGUGCUAAUAUGGUAUCGUAAUCCAGAUAAUCGGAAUCUAUUGAUGUCGGAUCUUUUGAUCUACUCUAUAUUGUCAUUUGUGUGCUUUAUGCUCACACUGGUUUGCAUGUUGGUGUUGCGUUUUCAACAUUCUGAACACGAUCCAUUUGGAGAGGAACUAGCUAAAGUGGCUGUUAUAUGUUUUCUAUCGUUGGUGAUGAUUGCUUACUCUGCGAACGUUAUUAUCAUAGCAAGAGAUCAUUUAAUGCCCUGGUACCGUUGGUGGAGAUCAGCAAGAAAUGUUCGAUUGUCCCGCUUAGACGUGGUCAAUUAUCCCAUGGAAACUGUUUAGAAUACACCGCCAAAGUAUGUUUGAAAUUAAAUGAAACCUUUUCUUUCUGUUGUUUCACAAAUUUUAUUAGUUUAAAACAUUUGCCUUCACUAAUUAUCUCAGGAACAGAAAAAUGUAAAUUUAACAUACAUUUACAUUCAUACAAUUUUUUCA